AUGGACGCAAAAAAGGCAUUUCCAAAGGAAGACUUCCCCGCCAAAGAAAACGGUCAGAACAGUCAGCAACUUCAACUAACUUCAGCUGAAACUCCACACGUCAUCACAGACAUGCAAUCCGCAUCUCUUCUGUUUUCUUCAAAUCCAGAUGUGGAGAACGGCAAGAGUAAAGAUGAAUUUGUUAUUUCAAAAACAGAAGGGGAAAUUAUAGAUAAAAAGAAACGAAGUUUGACAGUGAGCAGUAAUCAGACUUUUGGUACGCGCAAAGUGCCAAGACGUGCUGCAGCGUGUAGAGAUUUGAAGGAGAAAUCUGUUUCGAUAUCUGAUAAGUCCUGUAUCAUCGAAACAGAGAAGGAUCACAUUGUAGAUGAAGAAAUCGUAGCUGUCCGCAUGACUGCAGGACAGGAUGAUGGUCGACCAAAUAGGCGAAUUACAGAGUUUAUCCUUCAUGAUGGAAAUGGCACAGGACAGCCACUUGAGAUGCUUGAAAUUACUGAUUUAUAUAUCACUGCAGCUAUAUUGCCUCUUGAAUCAAGCACAGGCAAGAAAAAAGAGAAAGGUAUAAGGUGUGAAGGAUUUGGUCCAAUUGAAUAUUGGAAUAUAUCUGGCUAUGAAGAUGGUACUCCAGUGAUAUGGAUUUCUACUGAUGUUGCUGAUUAUGACUGCCAGAAACCUGCUGCGAGUUACAAAAAGUUUUACGAUCGUUUCUUCGAAAAGGCUCGUGCAUGUAUAGAAGUAUAUAGAAAACUCGCUAAUUCCUCCGGCGGGAACCCUGAUAUAAGUCUUGAUGAGUUACUUGCUGGCAUGGCACGGUCUAUGAGUGGUAGCAAAUGCUUUUUUGGAACUGCAUCCAUAAAGAAUUUUGUUAUUUCUCAGGGUGAGUUCAUUUAUAAGCAACUCAUUGGUUUGGACAUGACAUGCAAGACACAUGAUAAGAGGUUUGCAGAUAUCCCUGCCCUUAUUGCUUUAAGAGAUGAGACUAAGAAACAGGCAAACUAUUUGCAUACACAAUUACUGCCCUCAAAUGGGAGUCUAAGAAUUGACUCGGGAACUGGAGAUGGAAAGAACACGAAUCAGAUGAAUUUGGUAGAUUCUGCAAACCAUGAAGAUAAAGAUGCAAAGUUCGCACGACUCUUGCAAGAAGAAGAGUAUUGGCAAUCUAUGAAGCAGAAGAAACACUCGAGAUCAGCCUUUGUAUCUAACAAAUAUUAUAUCAAAAUUAAUGAAGAUGAGAUCGCCAAUGAUUAUCCCCUCCCUGCUUUUUACAAAACCUCUCUUCAUGAAACUGAUGAGUUUAUAGUUUUUGAUAAUGGCUAUGAUAUGUAUGACACUGAAGAUCUUCCUCGAAGCAUGCUGCAUAAUUGGUCUUUGUACAACUCCGAUGCAAGAUUGGUUUCCUUGGAACUUCUUCCUAUGAAACCUUGUCCAGACAUCGAUGUUGCUAUCUUUGGUUCUGGUGUAAUGACUCUAGAUGAUGGAAGUGGGUUCCAUCUUGAAACUGAGGCGGGUCAAACUUCUUCCGCUGGUUCUGAAGCACAGGCUGCUGAUGGAAUGCCAAUUUAUCUGAGUGCCAUAAAGGAAUGGAUGAUUGAAUUUGGAUCAUCUAUGAUUUUUAUAUCCAUCCGAACAGAUAUGGCCUGGUAUAGACUUGGGAAACCAGCAAAGCAGUAUGCUCCUUGGUAUGACACAGUGCUGAAAACUGCAAGGCUUGCUAUAAGCAUCAUUACUUGGCUGAAGGAACAGAGCCGAGUAUCCCGACUUUCCUUUGGAGAUGUCAUCAAGAAAAUAUCUGAGUUUAAUCAGAAAGAUGGUUCUUACAUUUCUUCCGACCCAUCCACUGUUGAGAGAUAUGUUGUUGUCCAUGGACAGAUUAUUCUGCAACUGUUUGCAGAAUUUCCUGAUGAUAAGAUCAGAAGGUCUGCAUUUGUGACGGGUCUUGCAAAGGAAAUGGAGGAGCGACACCAUACCAAAUGGUUAGUGAAGAAGAAGAAAGUUGUGCCCAGGAGUGAACCAAACUUCAAUCCUAGGGCAGCAGUGGGUCCUGUUGUGUCCAAGAGGAAAGCUAUGCAAGCAACAACAACAAGGCUGAUCAAUAGAAUAUGGGGAGAGUAUUACUCAAACCACUUGCCAGAGGAUUCAAAAGAGGGGGCUGUUAGUGAAUCAAGGGAAGAGGAUGAAGUAGAGGAACAGGAAGAUAAUGAAGAUGAGGACCAUGAAGAGGAGCCAAUACUUUUGGAGGGAACCGCAAAGAAACAUUCAGCUUCAAAGCAAACUAAAACAUUUUCUGCUAAUGCAGAAAUAAGAUGGGAAGGAAAACCUGAAGGGAAGACUAGUUCUGGAUAUCCUGUUUAUAAACAGGCAAUCAUUAAUGGGGAAGUUAUUUGUGUAGGAAGAUCUGUGUUAGUGGAAGUUGAUGAAACAGAUGAACUUCCAGACAUGUAUUAUGUUGAAUAUAUGUUUGAGUCAAAGAAUGGAAGAAAAAUGUUCCAUGGUAGGAUGAUGCAGCAUAGUUGCCAUACUGUUCUUGGCAAUACUGCUAAUGAGAGAGAAGUGUUUUUGACUAAUGAGUGUAAGGAUUUGGGACUGCAGGAUGUUAGGCAGACAGUUGUUGUAAAUAUUCAAAAAAGGCCUUGGGGGCAUCAGCAUCGAAAGGAUAAUAUCAUUGCAGAUGGUGUUGACAGGGCUAGAGCAGAAGCAAGGAAGAAGAAAGGACUACCUACUGAAUAUUAUUGUAAAAGCCUGUACUGGCCUGAAAGAGGUGCUUUCUUUAGUCUUCCAUCUGAUACUUUGGGUCAAGGGUCUGGUAUUUGCUCAUCUUGCAAAAUACACGACAUUGAAAAGGAGAAGGAUAUUUUCAAUGUAAAUUCCUCCAAGUCUGGUUUCCUAUUUAAAGGAAUUGAGUAUUCUCUUAAUGAUUACGUUUAUGCAAGUCCAUUUGAAUUUGAGGAAAAGAUCGAGCAAGGAACUCAUAAGAGUGGGAGGAAUGUGGGGUUGAAAGCUUAUGUUGUGUGCCAAGUCCUAGACAUUGUUGUCAAAAAUGAAAUAAAACAUGCUGAAAUAAAAUCUACACAACUCAAAAUCAGAAGGUUCUUCCGACCAGAAGAUGUAUCAAAUGAGAAGGCAUACUGUUCUGAUAUACAAGAGGUGUAUUACAGUGACGAAACACAUACAAUAUCUGUAGACUCCAUUGAAGGGAAAUGUGAAGUUAGAAAGAAGAGUGACAUUCCGGAUUGCAGCGCCCCCGGAAUGUUCCAAAAUGUAUUUUUCUGCGAGCUCUUAUAUGAUCCUGCCACCGGCUCACUGAAAAAGUUGCCAGCUCAUAUAAAAGUGAAAUAUUCAAAUGGACAAUCAUCGGAUGAUGCAGCGAGAAAGAGAAAAGGAAAAUGUAAAGAGGGAGAUGAACUUCCAGAGCCCUGUAAAGUUAAAAGAUUAGAUGAAAAACGUUUAGCAACCUUGGACAUCUUUGCAGGUUGUGGUGGUUUAUCACAGGGGUUGGAGCUGUCAGGUGUUUCAUCAACUAAAUGGGCUAUUGAGUAUGAAGAACCUGCUGGUGAAGCAUUUAAAGCUAAUCAUCCUGAGGCAUUGGUUUUCAUUAACAAUUGCAAUGUUAUUCUUAGGGCCAUAAUGGAGAAGUGUGGGGACAUAGAUGAUUGUAUCUCAACAUCUGAUGCUGCAGAAUUGGCUGCAAAGCUUGAUGAGAAAGAAAUAAGUAGUUUACCAUUUCCUGGACAAGUUGAUUUCAUUAAUGGGGGUCCUCCAUGCCAGGGUUUCUCCGGGAUGAAUAGAUUUAGCCAGAGCAGUUGGAGCAAAGUCCAGUGUGAGAUGAUAUUAGCAUUCUUAUCGUUUGCUGAUUAUUUCAGGCCAAGGUAUUUCUUGUUGGAGAAUGUGAGAAACUUUGUGUCUUUCAAUAAAGGACAGACAUUCCGUUUAACCUUGGCUUCUCUUCUUGAGAUGGGUUAUCAGGUGAGGUUUGGUAUCCUUGAGGCUGGAGCAUUUGGGGUUUCUCAAUCAAGAAAAAGGGCAUUCAUAUGGGCAGCCUGUCCUGAUGAUGUGCUUCCUGAGUGGCCAGAACCAAUGCAUGUCUUUUCGGCACCCGAGUUGAAGAUCACAUUAUCUGAGGGAGUACAAUAUGCUGCUGUCCGCAGUACUGCAAAUGGUGCUCCGUUACGUGCAAUAACCGUUAAAGAUACCAUUGGUGAUCUCCCAGCUGUUGGCAAUGGAGCCGCAAAAGGAAACAUGGACUAUCAAAAUGAUGUUGUAUCAUGGUUUCAAAAGAAGAUUCGCGGAGAGAUGGUAGUCUUGACUGAUCAUAUUUCCAAGGAGAUGAAUGAAUUAAACUUGAUUCGAUGCAAGAAAAUCCCCAAGAGGCCAGGUGCUGAUUGGCGUGAUCUUCCAAAGGAAACGGUAACAUUGUCUAAUGGACAAGUUGUUGAUUUGAUACCAUGGUGCUUGCCCAACACGGCUAAGCGGCACAAUCAAUGGAAGGGACUAUUUGGUAGGUUGGAUUGGCAAGGGAAUUUCCCAACUUCCAUUACAGACCCUCAACCAAUGGGGAAGGUUGGAAUGUGCUUCCACCCUGACCAAGAUAGGAUUCUUACUGUUCGUGAAUGUGCUCGAUCACAAGGAUUCCCAGAUAGCUAUAAAUUUUCUGGCAAUAUCAUUCACAAGCACAGACAGAUUGGUAAUGCUGUGCCUCCUCCUCUAGCAUUUGCAUUAGGGAGAAAGUUGAAGGAAGCAGUGAACAGUAAGAGUUCCACACAGAAGAUGGACCUUCAAUUCUUUCAAGAUCAUGCUUGGUAA